AUGGCUUCUCAAUCGCAGAGAGACAAUAAGGAUGGUCCUGCUGAUCGGUCCCCACACUUUUUCAAGAUUAUUCUGCCUAAUGCUGUUCAAGAAGGAAAGCUUUGGAUUCCAGAUAAGUUCAUGCAGAAAUAUGGAGUGGAUCUAUCAGAUAUGGCCUUUCUUACAAUUCCAAAUGGUACAAAAUUGAAGGUCAAGUUGACACAACAUGAUGGGGGGGUUUGGUUUCAAAAUGGUUGGUCCAAAUUUGCAAGCUGUCAUGGUCUAACCGUGGGGCACUUGCUAGUUUUCAAAUAUGAAGGAAAUUCACACUUUGAUGUACUCAUAUUUGAUGCCACUGCAACAGAAAUCGACUAUACUUUAGACAACAAACUCCAAGUUCGUAGGAUGGAAGACGAUGAGAGUGAUGACAGCUCUAUUGAAAUCAUCAAACACUUUUAUAGGGGAGAGGGUUUAGGAUCAGCCCAUCCUAAGAAAGACGGUGGUGUAGCUGAAAAUCUUGUACAGAGUUUACCCCGGGGCAUUAUCAACAACUUACUAAGAGGAGACUUUACCAAGGACUACACCAAAGCAAGUAUACUCAUUGUCAAGCUCCAGAUUGUGGAACGAUUAUGGCCUGUGAAGCUAUACAUUUAUGAACGAAGUGGGGGUUCAUCAUGUGUCAUAUCAGCUGGUUGGUCUGCAUUUGCGAGGGAAAAUAGUUUACGAGUAGGAGAUGUUUGUGUGUUUGAGCUGAUUAUGAGGGACGGUGUUGUGUUAAACGUCCACGUUUUCAGAUGCCAAGAUUAA